CUGUCCGAGCAUCCCCACAUCACCCAAUGGCGUUGCCGCUGCCUCCAUCAUCGAAUCUUCACGCGAUCCUCCUCAUCACUAAAUCACGCUCUCUCGGUCCUCGUCUCGUCUUUCAUUACCCACCGCUAUCACCCUCGGCGGCAGCUCUUGCUGCAGCCAAGGACCCGUCUUGGUACCGCAACGAGAGUUCCACCGCAAGCGUCGACUCGCAUAGUUCGGACAGCGAUUGGGACAGCAGCACAGAAGCAGACGAAAAUGACGACCUGGAGGUGGGCAGCCGUACAAGCGGUCGUGGAUCAGGGCGAACUGGUCCCAAUGGAAGUCGUGACAGAUUGAAGCUGGGUAUUGGUGGCUGGGGUAGACAAGAAACCAUUGACGAAGAAGAUGUUGACGGUGAGAACGACAGCAGUGGGCGCCACCGAGGCGGUGACUACGACUGGAACUCGGUCCUUGGCUUCAAGGUUGAUGCGCUCGAGAAGAUACUAACGCCGAGCGAAGACUACAACAAGCGACGCUUCGAGCUUGGUGUGGAGAGCAUUGUCUUCGUCGGUGCGCCCAUGUUUGUGAGGGAAGAUGGGUUAUGGAAGAAGCUAAGACGGAAGAAAAAGAAGAAGUCUGGAAUGCAGAAGAUCAAAGACGGCGAUCUGGUAGGGAGCCUAUCCAUCGCAGAAGAGGAUAUCAAACCGGAACCCUUGAUAUACCCUCCAGGAUUUGAGCCAGGUUAUGGCCAUGAAUCACCCUCCGUUCCCGGGUCUGUGGCGCCUUCUGAAGCAGGAUCUGAGGCUCGUAGUAACUCUACCGCUGGACACGAUGACUGUCCUGACAUGACUAUGUUCAACGUCGUGUUCGUGCUUAACCCUCCUGCACUGGAGUAUCAACGACGCGUCAAGGAAAUGUACGACAACGUGACGCGGAAGUAUGCUAAAGCUCUUAAGUACGAGCAAGCUAGAUUCCAGUACGUCUGGAAGGAGUCGAAGCGCAUCAUCGACAUCAAGCAGCGUGCGAAAGAGAAUGGGGAGUCGAUCAGUGUGACAUGGAAGAACCUCCUCGCCAUCUCACCAUUGGCUAAAUCGAUAGCCAUACUCUACGAUGCCAUCUCGAAUGACAAGAUUGCGCACAUCCACUUUGAUGCUACCUUCAACACCUCAUUUCAGAUACCUCAAGCCAUGUCAACGCCGUACUUGCCGAACGCUCUUGAGCCACAAAUGCCCGGCCUGUGGCUUACAACAUCCAAUGUGUUGCUGGACGAGGAAGAAGCACCCAUGACUCAGCACGCAGCUCUUCUUUUACUCGAGGAUCCUGAAGUCUUGAUCAAAGACUUGGGUGGCGAGUCAUCUGAGAACGGAGCAGCCAUCGCUGGAUUAAUUCGCAGGAUUGUACCCACGAAGUCUCUCCUCAAGAUCUCGAAGAAACACAACAUUUCAGCUCAUGACAUGGAGUACAUUGCCUCGCACUUGGUCUAUUGGCGGCGCGCUCGACUGAUCGAUCCUCUGUCACAGCGAGACACAUACAUGGUGUCUCCAAAUGCAGACAUGAACUACCUGCCCGCUGCAGCAGCUUCAUUUGUACGACAGUUUCCGACUCUACCAUCGUUACCUAAGUUUCUGAGUCUGCUCUCAGGCACUCCGCGCAUCUACAAGAGCUUUAUCCCCACCUACGAGCACAGAGACACCUACCUAGAGGUACUAGCAUGGCUGAUGCGAGGCGGCUGGGUCACACAACUGAGAACGUUCGCAUGGAUACGCGUCACUCCCGAGAUUAAAGCCCAAGUGGCCGUGGAAAUGGAGCGAGAAGAGCGAAUCAAGAAGGCUGAAGAAGCAAGAAAGGAGCUCAUGAGCGAGAAUGGCUCGGUAAACGCAUCGCUGUUCUCUGACAAGCGAUCAAGCUUGCUGUCUGACCAUACAGCAAGACCACUCACACCAAUGAAGUGGCGACGAGACAGAAGCGCCGACACCUCAGAAGAGAUGGAGUCAAGCACGAUCCUCAGCCCUCGCAUUACAGCGACUGGCACAACAACACAUCACCGUGGUUCCCCGGCCCGUCCAGCGUCUGAUGCAGGCAGCAACAGUAGCCAGCGCACGACAAUUGCUCUGAACUCCGCAGGUCGCCCGGACUCACCAUCGCAUCUUCUACCUCACAACAACAAAGUGCACAAACCAAGCCCGUUGCACCUCAAGCCCACAUCACCAUCCCUCAACGCCGUUACAUCGCCACCCCUCCCAGUUGAAGAAGACCUCAUCCCGCAACCGCACUUCUUCAAACCCAGUCUAAUCCUCAGCCCGCAGAAAGCGUCCAGCGUUGAAGCACGCUGGCUUGAAGCAAUCGGCAAGACCUUCGAAGAAAUCGAUCACCACCAUCCUCGACAUCCUUCAUAUCCAGUCAGCAAUCCUAGUCCACCGAAGCAUUCUGAUGGUGUGAUGGGCAUCUCGGGCAGGGAGCUGAAGGAGCAAUGGCCGAUGCUACUGAGGCAUUUGGACGGGAAACAUGCGAUUGAGGAUGUUGCGCCUAGAGAAGGGCUGAAGAGGAAGAGGGUUGCUGUACUAUUUAAUGCUGUCAGGGAGAAGGGAUGGUUGGUAGUCGUUAGGCAUUGGUAGAGUAGAAUACCAAAUCUAGAUUCACCUCAACCUCGAUGCAAGCAGUUGAAGGGCGACAAUGCAGGAGACCAUGGAGGUGUUGGAGGUAUUGGAUGAGUGAACGUCGAGAAAUACGGUCUGCAUACUUCUCAGUGCACAGUUCCCGGUUCGAUAAGCAUUACUGGCACUCUGUCUAGCAGGAAAAUUCACGCUGGUCGAGAC